GCCGAACCGGGAAGAAAAACGAAAAAAGGGCAGAGCCACGAGACCCGCGACGAUGUUGACAAAGUGCUCGCUUAUUUUUUUUUUUUUUUUUAAUCUCUACGGUCUCUUCUGAUAUUCUCUAUUUCUCUACUUCAAAGUACUUCUUCCCACAACGCAGAAUAAGAAGAGAAGACAAGACAUGUCGGGACUGACGACAACGCGAAGAGAGAACGGCGUGACGGUCGUGCACGUCACCGCGCUGCACAAGCUAUCCGACCUCGAAGCGCAGGAACUAAUCGCUUCCUUCCUCGGCACCGUGCAGGAUCCUGCUGUUACCCCCUCCUCCUCCUCCGCUGCUGGCGAGAGCAGCGUGGCUGCUGUUGCGGCGGGAAAUGGGCAGGGAGCAGGGAAGAUGGCGAGUUUGAGCAGCUCGGUUAUUCAGCAGUUGAACCGGAUUAGCAGGGAUCUACUCGGUCUGCCGCCUUUGCUUCGGAAACGGAAGCAUGCUGAUCUUGAAGCUGACGACGAGGAGGUAGGAGAUGUGGAGGCUAUGGAGGUCGAUGGGCCGGUCUAUGCUGCUGCUGAGGAUGAGGACGAGGAGGGGGAUGGGAAGGAGAAGGGGAAGAAGAUUGAUAAGAAUGAGCGGAAGCGGUUGAAGAAGUUGCGCCAUAAAGAGGAGAAGCGGAAGAAAAGUGCUGCGGAGUGAUGUGCUCCUCUGGACUUUGUUGAACUUCUGAAAAAAGGGACUUGGUGUAAAAUAGGCAUUUGGGGAACGAAAAGUUUGCAUGGGUU